AUGAGCUCAAGCGCAGAGAGGCCAUUGUCCAAUUCCCUCGGCCCAACCGCGAGGGCGCCGGAAGCAGGCACCUGUGCAGGCAAGGGUCUCGAUUGCUCUUGGGCUCGUGUACGAGAGAGACGUCCAGCCAACACAGAGGUGCUAAGCCAAGUCCCCCAGAGCAACUCCACUGUUGAUGCCUCACCAUAUCCAUCGGAGGCCUCGCCGUCGCUCUUGGACGAAAGCGCCUACCUAGCAAAUGAGGAACCGAGUCCAAUGGCCGCUCCUAUGCCUCAAGUGCAAACGUUCACGCUUGGUAGCAUGCCCGUUCCUUUCUUGCUCAACUUUGUCAGCUUGGAGACGAAAACUUUUGUGGACACUUUUGGAUAUGCAAGUGCGGCACCAGAACCACUUCCCAUAUUAUCUCUUGGAAUUUCUCUCAAUCAGCCUGCUUGGGAGCUUUCUGUUGGAUCGGGAGUGAUGGGCCACGGAAGGCAUUCUCUUCAGGGUAGAUCUAGUGCGUCCCUUAAUGCACCAAACCCGCCUUUGCUGGACAACUCUUACUCUCAAGGUUUCAAUGUCUCCGGGCAGGACUCUCUUUUUGAUCCUAGGUCUGGCCCUCUAACUGGAGGCUCCCCAGACUCGACGGGAUUACCUGAUCCCAUGCGCCGGCGGCUCAGCGCAUUAUAUUCAUCCCUCCCGGAAGCAAUCGCCAUAGCACAAAGUCUCCUAGAUCUUGCUGAGGAGUAUGUCUUUCGCAAUGCGUGCUUUCAGGAGCUCAGUAAAGGGAAGGGCUCUGCUGACCAAAUCCAGGACUGCGAUGCGAAACUGGAAGCUAUACAAUCAGCAGUUGUAAUCACGUUUCUUCAGAACUGGGAAGGCAAUGAAGCAGCGCGGCGGAGAGGGCGAACCGAGCGUUUCAACACCAUUAUCUCGAGUGCUAGAGCAUUACGUUUGACAACAGCACAGAGCUCGUUGCCUGCUGCCAUGGGACCAGGUCUACAGUUCGACUGGUAUUUGUGGUCGAUUUAUGAAACACGUGUACGAGUCAUGUACUAUAUAUUCAUUUUGGAUAGUGGCUUCUGCAUCUUCCAUAAUUACCCACCGAGGCUAGCUUUGGCGGAGAUAAAGGUAGAUCUCCCAUGCCCCGAGGAUGUUUACGAAGCCGUGGACAGUACAGACUGCUUCCAGAAAGCUUACAAUCACAAUUCUGCGGAACCAAGCUCGCUGGAACGGAUCCUCAAAUUGCUCCUAGCAGAAGAUUUCGGAGAAGAGGAGAAAUGCAUCCUUUCAACACUCACUCCUCUCCACUAUUUCAUCAUAAUCAAUGCAUUUCACAUCAUCAUCCGCACAGCACACGCAAUUUCCUACAGCAAAAUCAUCAAUGAUAACGUCGACCGUGCCCUGUCGCGCUGGAAGAGUGGGUGGGAGAUACACAAGAAACAAAUCACAACACGCCAAUCGAAGAGACUUGGCUUCGUGAAGCAUGCGAAAGAGUACUGGUGGCUUGCAAAACUGUAA